AAAGUCAUUGUUACAAUUGUCUGAGAUGAGAAAGCCAAAGCAAGGAAGAGCUGGACACCGAUGCUAAAAGCUUGGACGCAUUAGAAAGUAUUGAAAAAAAACAAGUUCUUUACUUUGCUGCUCUGGCAGAAUUUUGAUCAGACACAAUGCGUUACAUUGUUGUCUUUGCUCUUCUGGCGGCCUGUGCCUCGGCUGAUGACUCCCACUACUCCUUUUCUCAAUCUGUGGGAUCGGGUGGGGGCUCCUCGUACAGCAUCACCGGUGAGGGCAGGAUCAUAGGCAUCAAAGUGUGGGAAGGCAACAGCUACAGCAGCUACAUCUACGGCUUGCAGUUCCGCUAUGACCUUACCGGCUGGACUCAAGUUAUUGGUUACGUUUCUGGCCAGCCCCAAGAGCUGGAGCUACAUGAGGGUGAAAGAAUCAUCCAGAUAUCGGGAAAGUACAAUCACUACAUUCAGUCGCUGAUCUUUGUCACCAACAAGGGCCGCUCCCUGCAUGUCGGUGAACCCUCCGGUCAUUCCUUCAACAUGUAUCCCACCCACCCAGACGCCGAGCUGCGCUUCCUCAGUGGCAGGACCAGUGGGUAUCCCACUUCACUCCAGGCCCACUGGGCUAUCCUUGACACAGACAUUGUUGACGACUGAUGAAGAGUGAUGAAUAAGAAGGAGGUGAUAAUUUGCUCCCAUAUUCAAAUAGUGAUUUUUCUCCCCUGUUGUACAUUUUCCUAACUUUAAAACUGAUUGUUAAUUCUGAAUCGUUGAUUUUUUAAAUCCUCCGUUGAUCAAAAUUUGGAUUACAAUCUGGUAAAACAGGACAAUUCUUGUCUAUUUACUAAAAGGGUAAAUAUAUUAUUCAUUAAUGCUUUCUCAACAUUUUAAACCAAUUGUGAUAAGAGAUAAGUCAGUGUCAAAACUAGAUGGACAUGAAAUUAUACAAUACCAACAUCCUACUUUGUUCCCUUUCUUCUUGAAAGGAUAAUAUCUGUAAACAGUAAGGCCAUAAAUGCUGCUAUAAAAGCUUAAGAUAUAUCAUGGUUUAGUAAAGUGAACAUAUUAGAUUGCCGAUUUUUUUGUACUAAUUGAAUGUUACAAGUUAAAAAUCACGGUUUUGUUCUUUCCUGGAAACAAUAAAAUACUUAUCAAAGACCAUCACUUUA